AUGAAGAAGAAAAUUCCAGCGUCUAGGGUCAGAAUGGCCGUGGGAAAGAUUUUAACAUGGAUUUCAUAUUCUCUGAUUGUGAGCGAAUGCCACAAUUGGAAGGGACACGAAGAAGAUGGCUCGAAGUUAAUCCGCAUCAACGGUGACGUGAUCCUCGGCGGAAUUUUCCCCAUGCACGAACAGGUGUCAAGUUCCAUUGGUCAAUCACCGUGCGGCGCAGUGAAAGAAGAAAAAGGGAUGCAGCGUUUGGAAGCCAUGUUGUACGUCCUCGACGAAAUAAACGCGGACAAUGAUUUAUUACCGAACACCACCCUGGGCGCCCUUAUUCUCGACUCCUGCAGCAGCGAUACUUACGCUCUUGAUCAGAGUAUGGAAUUCGUCAGGUCUUACAUGAACCAAGAUAUAACGGAAUAUAAAUGUGAAAACGAUAAACCACCGAUGUACGUACCCCAUAAACCCGUGACUGGUGUUAUAGGAGCCUCUUUCAGCGUAGUCUCCAUCAUGGUCGCCAAUAUUUUGAGGUUGUUCAAGAUACCACAAAUAAGUUAUGCAUCAACGAGCACAGAACUGUCAGAUAAAAGCCGCUUCGAAUAUUUCAGUAGAGUGGUGCCGCCAGAUAAUUUUCAAGCCCAGGCCAUGGUGGAAAUUAUUCAUCAACUCGGCUGGAAGUACGUUUCCACGGUUGCUGUUGAAGGUGAUUACGGAGAGAAGGGUAUUGCCAGUUUCAUCUCUCUGUCAACGGAGUACAGUAUCUGCGUGGCAGUUAGCGAGAAAAUUUUAAGAAACGCGAAAAGCGAAGACUUCGACAAAAUUAUAGAUCGACUCAGCUCGAAACACAAUGCCAGAGGCGUCGUUCUAUUCGUCGACGAGGACAACGUAAGAAAGCUUCUUCAAGCGGCUGUCAGAGCCAAUCGUACAGGUCAUUUUAUGUGGGUAGGUAGCGACUCAUGGGGUGCCAAAGUAUAUCCAGUGAGAGAACAAGAAUUCGCUGCGGAGGGUGCGAUCACUAUUUUACCCUACAGAACUUCUCUCCAAGAUUUCGACAACUACUACUUAAAUCUUCGUCCAAGAGUAGACAACGAAUGCGAUGGUCAAACUGAGAAUAACGUGCUACAUAAGAAGCUGCCUAGCAAAAUCGUGAAUUGCAGAAACGUUUGGUUCCGUGAAUUUUGGUCACAGCAUCAUAAGUGCAGUUUCAGUGCGAAUUUGUCAGCAGGAAUGACACGUUGCACUGGUACCGAGAAGUUAAUCGAUUACGAGCAAGAAGGCUUGGUACCAUUUGUUGUUGACGCAGUUUAUGCAAUAGCACACGGCGUACACAAUUUAAUCGAGGAGGAAUGCGUAAAUAAUCUUGGAACGUCGCAUUAUUUGUGUGACAAACUUCGUCCAGCGCCGGAUGGUCAGCAGCUUCUCCAGAACAUUCGAAACGUUAGCUUCAUCGGUCGACAGGGCACUGAAAUUAAAUUUAAAUCAGACGGAGAUGCUUAUGGUUUUUAUAAUAUAUAUCAAUAUCAGAGAAACGAAGGCGGCGGUUUCGAUUACGUUCUCAUUGGCACGUGGAAAGAGGAAUUGACGCUUGACAUUAAUAUAACAAAGUGGGCGACAGGAACUGGCGAAAUGCAUAUACCUCGAAGUUUGUGCAGCGAUAAUUGCCCAUUGGGCCAUAUUCGUAAUUUUCAGGAAGCUUGUUGCUGGAGUUGCGUGGCAUGUCGAGAAGAUGCUUACGUUUUCAACGACUCUUGUCGGAGUUGCAGUCCAGGCUAUGCACCGGACAAGACAAUGACAAACUGCAUCAAACUUACGGCCGAAGUCAUACCAUGGACCAGUCCAUGGGCACUGGUGCCAUUAAUAUUCGCGUCCAUCGGCAUACUCAGCACCAUGUUCACGACUGUAGUUUUUAUUCGUUUUAACCGUACACCGGUGAUCAUGGCAUCAGGACGCGAAUUAUGUUACGUGUUGUUGGUAGGGAUUCUAUCAUGCUACGGCAUGAGUUUCAUAAUAUUAAGUAAACCAACCACAUGGAACUGUACCUAUUUGAGAAUCGGCUUGGGCCUGUGCCUGAGCAUUUGUUACAGCGCGAUACUGACUAAAACAAACCGAAUAUCGCGCAUCUUCAAUCAGGGAACAAAGAGUAUAAAAAGGAUUCCGUACACGUCUCCAAAGAGCCAGGUUGUGAUCGCGAUUGGGAUCACUGCAGUGCAAUUAAUCGGUGCUAUUGUGUGGCUAAUUAUCGAACCCCCGGACACGACGGAAAUUCAUCCCUAUCCAUUGUCAGCGGUGCUCACAUGCCGCGUCUCGACAUUUUCUCUGAUGAUGUCGCUCGUGUACAACAUGUUCCUAAUACUCAUGUGCACUUUGUACGCAUUCAAAACGCGCAAGAUACCGGAGGACUUCAACGAAGCGAAAUACAUUGGUUUCACAAUGUAUUCGACGUGCAUUGUUUGGUUGGCGUUCGUGCCCAUCUACUUUGGCUCAAACAAUGACUACAAGGUCGAACAUUUACAGGUACAAAUAGCAAGCAUGUGCAUGUGCAUCAACAUCUCUGCGUCCGUAGCUCUUGGCUGCCUUUUCACGCCAAAGGUAUACCUGGUACUCUUUCAACCAUACAAAAAUGUUCGGCCUGGACAUGCGAAUACGAGCGUACUGCAAAUCAGUAAUCGUGGAGCAUACAGUAUGCGAUUCACUGAUGGUCGUAGUCAAACGAUGCAGAGCAUGACCUCUUGUUCUCGUAGCAGUUCGCCGGCGGCACGUCAAGGCCAAGACGAGGUGAAGCACGCCAACGGUGAGACACAAGCACUGGCGAGUCCAUCUGUCGAGGAGACCUCGGUUAGCUAG